ACAACUUACCCCUGUGCUAUCUUGCUAUUUAGUUGCUUGUUUUCAUUGUCACUCUUCGAGUCAUGGCUACCCAUUCUACCGAAGAGCCGUUCCCCUUUCACGGGUUGCUGCCUAAAAAAGAGACCGGCGCCGCGUCCUAUCUCAGCCGGUUCCCCGAGUACGAUGGCCGAGGGGUGCUCAUCGCGAUCAUGGACACCGGUGUUGAUCCCGGGGCCCCCGGCAUGCAGGUGACCACAGACGGGAAGCCAAAGAUUGUUGAUAUUAUUGACACAACAGGCAGUGGUGAUGUGAACAUGGCGACAGUGGUGGAACCAAAAGAUGGCAUAAUCACUGGCCUCUCUGGCAGAAUACUGAAGAUCCCUCCUGCUUGGGUCAACCCAUCAGGGAAGUAUCACAUUGGAGUUAAAAAUGGCUAUGAGUUUUUCCCUAAGGCUCUUAAAGAAAGAAUACAGAAAGAGCGAAAGGAGAAGGUGUGGGACCCAGCACACAGAGCAGCAGUAACUGAUGCUUGUCGCAGAACAGAGGAGUUUGAUCUCUCACACCCGACUCCAUCACAGGUGGAGAAGUUACAGAAAGAAGAGCUGCAAAGUCAAUCAGAGCUGCUUCUGUCUCUAGAAAAGAAAUACAGUGAUCCUGGUCCUGUAUAUGACUGUGUUCUUUGGCACGACGGUGUCACAUUUAGAGCUGCAAUGGACACAUCAGAGUGUGGCGAAUUGUCCAAGUGCACUGUGCUGAGCUCUUACAGAGAGUCUCAGGAAUACGCAACAUUAGGGAAUGCUGAGAUGCUAAACUACUCGGUGAAUAUCUAUGAUGAAGGAAACACCCUGUGCAUUGUCACAAGUGGAGGGGCCCACGGGACACAUGUUGCGAGCAUUGCAGCUGGUUACUUCCCAGAAGAACCAGAGCGUAAUGGGGUUGCCCCUGGUGCUCAAAUUUUAGCUCUGAAAAUUGGAGACACACGGCUUAGCACCAUGGAAACGGGCACAGGACUCAUCAGAGCGAUGAUUGAAGUGAUCAACUACAAGUGUGACCUGGUUAACUACAGCUAUGGGGAAGCCACCCACUGGCCCAAUUCAGGGAGGAUUUGUGAGGUGAUCACAGAGGCUGUGCAGAAACACAAUGUUAUAUUUGUUUCAAGCGCAGGAAACAACGGCCCCUGUCUUUCCACAGUCGGCUGCCCCGGAGGAACCACCAGCAGUGUCAUAGGCGUUGGAGCCUAUGUGACCCCUGACAUGAUGGUGGCUGAGUAUUCCCUGAGGGAGAAGCUACCCCCCAACCAGUACACCUGGUCCUCUAGGGGUCCCAGUACAGACGGUGCACUAGGGGUCAGCAUAAGUGCCCCUGGUGGUGCCAUUGCAUCCGUACCCAAUUGGACUCUUCGUGGCACCCAGCUGAUGAACGGCACCUCAAUGUCAUCCCCAAAUGCAUGUGGAGGAAUUGCUCUUGUUUUAUCAGGAUUAAAACAGAACGGCAUACAUCCCACUGUUCCUGGUGUGAGGAGAGCACUAGAAAAUACAGCUUUGAAGGUUGAUGACAUUGAAGUGUUUGCACAAGGCCAUGGUAUCAUUCAGGUGGACAGAGCAUUAGACUACCUCACACAAAAUGCCUCCUUGCCCACCGCCCAUCUGGGUUUCUCGGUAACUGUGGGAACACAGAGAGGCAUCUACCUCAGGGAUCCAGCCCACCUUCUAUCCCCCUCAGACCAUGGUGUAGGAAUAGAACCCAUCUUCCCAGAAAACACAGUCAACACAGACCGAAUAUCCUUGCAGCUACACUUGGUCCUUACAUGUGCCGCUCCAUGGGUUCAGUGCCCCUCCCAUCUUGAGUUGAUGAACCAGUGUCGUCAUGUCAAUGUCCGCGUGGAUCCUGUUGGACUGAGAGAAGGGGUGUACUAUACAGAAGUGUGUGGUUAUGACACAGCAGCGCCUGGUUGUGGGCCUCUGUUCAGAGUCCCAAUCACUGUUAUUAUUCCCACCAAGGUGACAGACAGUCGGAAUCACGAGUUGUGUUUCAAAGACGUCCACUUCAGACCAGGACAAAUUCAACGCCACUUCAUCACUGUGCCUCAGGGAGCCUCCUGGGCAGAGAUUACACUGACCUCUCAUUCAGGAGACGUGUCCUCAAAGUUUGUUCUGCAUGCGGUGCACCUGGUCAAACAGAAAGCAUACAGAGCUAAUGAAUUCUAUAAGUUCUCCUCACUUUUGGAAAAAGGCUCACUAACCGAGGCCUUCCCUGUACUGUCAGGUAAGAUUGUAGAACUGUGCAUUGCACGCUGGUGGGCAAGUCUGGGUGAUGUCACAGUAGACUACAGCAUCUCGUUCCAUGGACUCAGUAUUUCUCCUUCACCGCUGCACAUUCAUGCAUCAGAAGGAGUGACAAGUUUUGAUGUGUUGUCGCCUUUGAGGUAUGAAGAAGUGUCUCCGUCUAUCACUCUCAAAUCUUGGGUUCAGCCCCUAAGGCCCUUAAGUUCAAAGAUAAAACCUUUGGGAGGGAGAGAUGUGCUACCAAACAACAGACAACUCUAUGAGAUUAUUCUCACCUACAGUUUUCACCAGCCUAAGAGUGGAGAGGUCACACCGAGUUGCCCCAUGCUGUGUGAGCUGCUGUAUGAGUCUGAGUAUGACAGUCAACUCUGGAUGCUGUUUGAUCAGAACAAAAGACUACUGGGCUCGGGUGAUGCCUACCCACAUCAGUAUUCUCUCAAGCUGGAAAAAGGCGACUACACCGUGCGGCUGCAGGUGCGCCAUGAGUUGUCGAGUGAGCUGGAACGCCUUAAGGACCUGCCAUUUGUUGUCUCCCAUCGCCUGGCUACCACCCUCAGCCCAGAUGUGUAUGAGACGCACCGUGCGGCCCUCAUGGCAAAGAAGAAGGCAAACUCUGUCACCCUGUCUCCAGGAGCCACACAGCACUUCUAUGUUACAGGGUUGCCGGAUGACAAGAUUCCAAAAGGGACAAGUCCAGGAUGCUACCUGUCAGGGUCUCUUAUUGUGGCAAAGAGUGAAUAUGGAAAGAAAGCAGGGCAGUCCUCUGCAAAACGACAAAGAAAGUUUAAAAAGGACAUUGUUUCCGUCGUUUACCACUUAAUCCCUGCACCCAACAAAGCAAAGAAUGGAGGGAGGGAGAAGGACAAGGACGCUGACAAAGAGAAAGACAUUAAAGAGGAGUUUGCAGAAGCUAUGAGAGACUUGAAAAUUCAGUGGAUGACAAAGUUGGACACAAGCUCGCUUUAUGAUGAGCUAAAAGAAAAGUACUCAGAUUACCUUCCUCUACAUGUGCAAAGAUUACAUCAGCUGGAUUCUGAAAAGGAGCGUGUUAAGCGAUUGAAAGAGGUGGUAUCAGCCGCUGACAUUGUCAUCUCCCACAUUGACCAGACAGCCUUGGCGGUGUUCUUCACCAUGAAGACAGACCCUCGACCUGACGCUGCUUCCAUCAAGACUGACAUGGAGAAGCAGAAGUCCUCUCUUCUGGACGCUCUAUGUAGGAAGGGCUGCGCUCUGGCCGACCAACUUGUGACGCUCACGCCUCAGGACGGUAGCGGUGCUGUUGCCACAGGCCAAGCUGAUGCCGAGGAGGUUGGUGUGCAGGUGGCAAGCAGUUCUGAUGACACACAACAGGGUGUGGCUGACACUCUGACGGAAACCUUCUGGGAGGUGCAGAAGUGGGCAGAGCUGACUGACUCCAAGGUACUGAUGUUCUCCUACAAACACGCUCUGGUGAACAAGAUGUAUGGCAGAGCCUUAAAGUAUGCCUCAAAGAUGGUGGAGGAGAAGCCCAGCAAAGAAAACAUGAAGAAUUGCAUCCAGCUGAUGCGUCACCUCAAAUGGACGCACUGUGCUACCUUCACUGAGAAUUGGCUGCCUGUCAUGUACCCAGUAGACUACACUCCCUUCUAGAAACACCAUGCACUGCACGAUCCGCACGGUCCAUCACAUGGUAUCACAGCCCCUCAGGGUCAUGUGGUUGUGGUCACCUGACCACGCCUCCUCAGACAAUUUUCUUUUCUUUCUACGACAACGAACACCAAUGUGGAGUUGACAAGUCAUUUUAAAAGAACUCAUUGAGUCUGUUGAUCCGAGUGCCACCAGCAGCACAACAGCAAAUCAUUCACUUCAUUUACCUUCUUUUCCUUUAAAUCUUCAUAGUAGUGGUCGACCAAUCAUUGACCGGGCUGGUAAUUGGGGCCGAUAUCGUUCGGAGAAUGUCCUGAGAGCAAACACACAUGUCAAGGUAAACACAGAAAACUCUAUAAAUUGUAAUAAACAUCCCAGUGCUCUUAUGUCUCCCAACCACUACGAACGUAACGGUGAGCAGCAGCAGCGUAAACAUUAGUGGCAGCUCUGCUGGCUUGUAGUACCUCCUAGCAUGUCUUUGAAUUACUUGCAAGAAGUCUGCUCAUGUCAACAGUCAGUCAUAGUUAACGCAUGUGUAUCAUUGAGAGAGAGCCCGUAAAAACCUAAAUUCCCUUGUUUUAUUGGAGGGAAACGUGCUAAAUGGCCAGCAGACUAGUAUGUCUUGUGGAGAAUAGUGUGUGUUUGCCUGAUGUAUAUGUGUGUGUGUAUAUAUAUACAUAUGUGUGUGUGUAUGUGUAUAUAUAUAUAUACAUAUGUGUAUAUAUACAUGUGUGUGUGUGUAUAUAUAUAUAUAUUUAUAUACAUACACAUAUGUGUGUGUAUAUAUAUAUAUAUAUAUAUAUAUAUAUACAUGUAUGUAUGUAUGUAUAUAUGUGUAUGUAUAUAUAUGUGUGUAUAUAUAUAUAUAUACAUGUGUAUAUAUGUAUGUGUGUGUGUAUGUAUGUG